UCAAAACAUUCCAGCCAAGUUCUGUACAAGGACUUUUCAACACUGUCUGUCACACAUUCACUUUCACUGUUUCCAAGCAAUCUCCUCUGGUCUUUAAGAUGAGAGCCCUCCAGCUCCUUGUCCUUGUUUUCUCUGGCCUUGUAGGGGCACAGCAGCAGGCACUUAUGGACUACUUGGAGAGAAGACUUCUUGCCAUCGAGGACCGCAUAUCCUUGUGGCAUGAGCAGACAAGCCGCUACGCCUCUGAGCUGCGCGAGUUCAAGCAGCAGAUGGUGGCACAGCUAGAGGGCCUGGACAAGAGCAAGGAGGCGCUGCGGAGCGAGCUGGACACAGUGGGCACGCGCGUGGAUCGCGUGGAGAGAGAGAUGGACUACCUCGAAACACAGAAUGGUGCGCAACCUUGCGUGGAUGUGGAUGACAAGCUGGUGGAGCAGCAGGUGAUGGUUGUCAAGGAGAGGAACAAAGCCAAGUACGCCAAGCUCACGGAAUGUAGUGACAUGAUCUCCAUCAUCAAAGCCAUGAAGAUCCUCAAACGAGUUGGAGGGACGAAGGGGAUGUGGACCAAAGACAUGGGAAGUGCCACUGGGAAGGUCUACAUUUUAAAUGGGACAGAUGAUAAUACCCUUUAUGAGUUUGGUACAGUCCGUGAAUUCACUUCCUCACAGGGUACAUCAAGGGCCACUACCAUCCAGCUUCCCUCCUCCUGGCAUGGUAUGGGCCAUGCUGUCUACAAAAACCAAUUGUACUAUGUGAAGAAGGGUGAGGAAAUAAGACUAAUGAAGUUUGAUCUUCAGAAGGGCAUAGUCGUGGACAGUGCUGUGUUUCCAGCUAAAAACCACCUCCCCGUUUAUAGCCUGAAUCCAGAGACCGUCAUUGAUUUAGCAGUGGAUGAAGAAGGUCUUUGGGUCAUCUAUGCCACUCAGGAGAACGAAAGGCACAUCUCUCUUGCAAAGAUAGACCCCAAAACACUUGACAUCAAACAGAUGUGGGACACCCCUUGUGUGAGGGAGGACGCAGAGGCAGCGUUUGUGAUCUGCGGUACCAUCUAUGUGGUCUACAACUCUAAACUACCCAGCCGCUCCCGAAUUCAGUGCGUCUUUGAUGUCAGUGAUAUGGUCACAAACGACGAUGCUCAACAUGUGUACUUUCCCAAGAGAUACGGCACUCAUUCCAGCCUGAAAUAUAGCCCCAUGGAGCAGCUGCUUUACGCCUGGGAUGAUGGCUAUCAAAUCCUCUACAAACUUCAAAUGAAAAAGAAGCUGGAGGUGUAGAACUUGUACUAAAGACUGAAGAGAGCUACAGAGGAUUGGCCUGUGUAUUGGCUUGCUUUGAUCUUAUACAACCUGGCCUAAACAUACUCAAUAAGUUUUAAGCUUUGUAGUUACAGAGAGUAAAAGCAAAGCACAACAUAAGAUUGAUUGGGCACACAUGUAUGGUAGGUUGUUUAGUAGAAUUCAAUGUACAGGCUCUAAAAAGUCCUUAUGUUCGUAACUUAGUUUGCCUGGUGCAGAACAAUAAAAAUAAUUUUAUAUCUUAUGCUGACAUGAAAUGUGCGGUUAUUAAAUACAAUUUUCAACAUUAAUUUAAAAUACA